AUGUUUUGCUGUGAAAGGAUAUCGUCAAUAUUUUUCUUGUUAGUUGUAAUUGGGGCAAAUGCGAAACAAUAUCGACCAGACUAUACAUACGACAGAAAACUUGAUGCGUUUUACAAGUUCCAUAUAGAGAGUGUUCGGCACUUGCUUGCGGAAGAUAUUUGCAAGAUUGAGGGGGCAAAAUUGAUGGCACCGGCUAAUGAUAGAGAAAUAUCCCUAGCACAUGGAAUGUUCAAACAGUUCCCCGAUAUAGUAGAUUUUGCAUGGAUUGGAGAAAAUGCAAAUGGCAAAGAAUCAAAAGAGGAACAUCCUUUAAUUGACUACAGUGUGGAUUACCGGGAACACUUUUUACACUUUCGACGAAACUGCGAUGUUCUGACUAGGGAUGGUGAGGUACAAAGUUCUGAUUGCUACAGAAGGCUGCCCUUUUUCUGUAAAGUUGAUGCCCGAGAUGUAUUUUUUGACUCCAAAUGUAAAGUUUAUGGCAAAGAUUAUCAAUUUUACGAAAACGUUGGCAGUUGUUACAAAGUUCCUCAAAUCGCAUAUUCGUGGGAUCAAGCGUAUGAUGAAUGUUACAAUGAAGGCUCGCAUUUAGUUAUUUUGAAUUCUGAAUUAGAACAUGAUGUUGUACAUAAUAUAACAAAAACAGCGCCAAAAUUAACAGGAGUUAGAACCUCAUGGUCAUUUUACGCUGGUAUUCGGGCACCAACACCACCUGAAGGAAAACCAGUUGUGUUUAAAACUAUAUUUAACCAAACCUUAGAAGAAGCUGGAUACAGCCAGUGGUCUGUUAACGAACCGAAUAAUUAUGACGGCCUAGAGUACUGCGGCUCUAUAUUUAAAAAUGAUGGAAAAUAUAACGAUUUAAAGUGCUCACAUUUAUACGCCUUCAUUUGUGAAAAAGAAGUAAAAAAUGAU